GCAGAAUCCGAGUCAGGUCAUGCCUCGCGGCUGCACGACUGCACACUGCGAUAUCCGCGAUCACGGAGGCGCUGUAAUUAGCGGACUUAGUGCUGGUGCAGCCGACACGUGAGUCCCCGCCGAAGGCGCGCGUGCGCUCUAACCACCGCGCGGCAACGGCUUCGCAAAGUGGCAGCUCAGAGAACUAAAAGACAUCAGUGUGCGAGACACAGCUCCACCGGAGGACACGCACCGUGCACCCUCUCUCUCUCUCUCUCAGCCGCGCGUGGGUCGUGGAAGAAUAACGGACGAUCAGCAGCAGCAGUGAUGAACGAAAGGAUAGCGCAUUUCCAGGACAGACAGUUCAUGGAGCACGCAGACUUCUUGGGGAUGGAUUACUCUUCUCUAUACGUGUGCAAAUCCAAACGAGGAAUCAAACGAGAGGACGGAAAGGACGCCUACAAGUUGCCGCACCGGUUGAUAGAGAAGAAGAGAAGAGACAGAAUCAACGAAUGCAUCGGACAGCUGAAGGAUUUGUUGCCCGAACAUCUGAAGCUGUCGACGCUCGGACACUUGGAGAAAGCCGUGGUUCUGGAGUUGACGCUGAAACACUUGAACGCGCUGACUGCGGUCACCGAGCAGCAGCACCAGAAGAUUAUCGCUUUGCAGAGCGGAGACCGCUCCAUGAAAUCCUCCCUUCACGCGGAUCUGGACGCGUUCCACUCUGGGUUCCAGGCCUGCGCCAAAGAGGUCCUGCAGUACCUCAGCCAGUUUGAAAACUGGACGACACGCGAGCAGAGAUGCGCGCAACUCAUCAACCACCUCCAUAAGGUGCUGGCGCAGUUCCAGCAGCAGCUCCCCGCCAGCGGUGACGCACAACAGGACCGCGAACCCGCGCACAAAUGCGACAGCCAGGCCAACUGCGUCCCGGUCAUCCAGAGGACCCAAACCGGGGAGCUUACCGAGAACGACACGGACACGGACAGUGGAUACGGCGGCGAGGCCGAGAAGAGCGAAGGCAAAGAGAAAGAAUGCGAGCGCGUCAAGGCGCAGGGACACAAGGCGGUAAAGGUCAAGCAAGAGUUUGGAGACAACCGCGCCGCCAAGAAACAGAUGAGCUGGAGCGGAAGCGGCGGCGCGGACGCGUCCAGGCCCGAUUUGGCGUUUAUGAACUCUCUGAUGGGGAUGAGCGGUGUGGGACAGCAGACACCGAUAUGCAUGCCUUUUUACCUCAUCAACCCCUCCGCCGCGGCGUCCUACAUGCCUUUUUUCGACAAAACUAACAUGGACAAGUACGUGUACCCUGCCGCGCUCGCGUCCCCGUUCCCGUGGCUGUACCCGACGCACGCGUCAGCGGCGGCAGCAGCCGCCGCCGGCUUUCCCGGUUUGUCUGCGCACUUUGGAACGUCUCCGCAGUCAAAGGACUCCCACGGCGCAGACAGCGACGCCUCCAUGGAGGCUGACGGAGCCGAGGAGAGAGAAGAAAGUCCCGCCAGUGACGACGGCGACGGUGACGCAGACGAAAGGUCCCAGGAGGGCCUGAUCGAGCCCCAACAGCAGCCGUGCGCCUGUCAGCCCAGUUAAACCGCCCGUGCGUCCUGCUGAAGAGUUGAUGUAUUCUGCUUUCUUUUACGAGUAUUUCUCACAGGCUAAUAUAUCUUUGGCAAAACAGUUGUGGAAGCUUGUGCCUUUUGCACUCUGAUCAAUCAAUUUGAAUGAUUAUCGACAAUGAUUGACGUCCAUGCACAACAAUGUAGUUUUUUUUUUAAUAUCUUCUUUAAUAAGUAUUUUAAAAUGGCAACACUGGUGCCAAAACUUUUCAGUUGGGUAAAAGUGUGCAAUAUUCUAAUCAGUGAGUCACUUUGGAUGUACAGAAGCUGCAACUGACCUCUGCCAAGGUUAUAAACAGCUUUGACUGUAAAUAUAAUGACCUGGAUGACGGGCUGAGUCAUGAACACGUGACUAAAGUGGGCUCUGACACCAUAAAGUACCUCUGCUUUGAUUUGGAGGCACAAAAAUAAUCAAUUCCACACCUCAGCAUUAAAGUCACCACUGGUUUCAUCGUGAAAAACACAAAAUCGGGGAGUUUCUUCCUCUGGCCGUUCUGAGGUCACUCUGGGUCACAUAAAAACAAACUCUUCCUUGACACCCUGAAGCAUAUUCAGUGGCCUGUGAUUCCAGGAAGCAUUGUAGGAUAGCACCUUAUAGAUCUUUGAUAUUGAAUGUACCUGUAUUUUCCCAGCUGUUGAACUCUGUUUGUAGGAUGACCUUUGAGACGUAAAGUGCACUUUUUCAGCUUCGAGCUCCCCCUCUUGUGACAACACCUUUUGAAAGUCAAUAACUGUCGUGGAACCUUUUUAAAAAUGUUGAGGAAAAUUCUAAUACAAUCUCAUUUCAGACUAGAGGAGGCAGCAGAUGUUCUGACAUUAAGUCUGCAGAACACAGCUGAUAAUUUAACCUGCACAACACAAUUCUAUUAAACUUUUACAUCUGACAAAGACGGGAACGAAAGUGAACAUUUAGGAACUUUAUCUCGGCCUGUUUUUUAAAUUCCUGUAAGUGUAGUGUUGUUCAGCUUUUUAAAAAAAAAAAAAAAAUACAUUUCACAUGUGACCCAGUAGAUAGACAGUUUUGAGUGUAUUUGUUGCUUUUGUAGUUUUUUUCUGCUGAUUUUUGCCUCAACUCUGAUAUGUUAAUCAACUCCUAUAUAAAGUGGCAUGUUUCUCUGUAAAUAGGUUUCUUUUUUGUUUUUUGCGAAGAGCCACAAAGUAUACAUCUCUAUGUCAAUGUUGUAAAAGUCUUUUUUUAAAGAUUCAACUGAGCAACUGUUGCACAUUUUGUUAAUGCUUUACACAUAUGCUGUUCUAAAUUAUUGCAGAUGAGUUGUAAAAUAAAAAUCCAAACUCA